AUGCGUUACGACAACACCAUGACUAAGAACUGGGAAGAUGCAGCGCAGCUCAAAAGAAUUUCAGUGAAUAAUUCCAUACCCUCAAAAUGGGUCAAUGAGACAAUCAAAGAUGAUAUGAUCAAAGCAGGGUUUUCCAAUACCAAGGCUUAUUUGGACUCAAUUCUUCCCGAGGAAGAAGUUGCCAUCACCGAAUUGACCGUGCUUGAACUUCAAGUUAAGAUUGCAAGUGGUGACUUGACGGCUGCAAGUGUUGCAAAUGCCUACUGUCAUCGAGCAGCAUUGGCACACCAGAUCUUGAACUGCUGUAGCGAGAUCUUUUUUGACAAAGCAUUGGAAACGGCAAAGAAACUAGAUGAGUACUUUGCGAAAAACGGGACUGUGGUUGGAAAAUUACAUGGAAUCCCCAUCUCUCUCAAAGACCAAGUUGACCUUCCCGGGCUCGAUUCGUCCAUUGGGUAUGUGGCCUUGCUCAAUAAACCCAAGACAGAAAUGAGUUUGUUGGCUGAGUAUUUGCAGAAGGAAGGAGCCGUAUUUUACGUAAAGACAACCGUUCCUAUGGCAAUGUUGGCCCCACAAACUGACUCCAACAUUUUUGGUUACACCUAUAAUGCUUUAAAUUUGCAAUUGAGUACUGGUGGAUCUUCAGGAGGUGAAGGAGCCUUAAUUGGAGCCGGAGCCUCGCCCUUGGGUUUUGGAACAGAUAUUGGCGGAAGCAUUCGUAUUCCUAGCGCAUUCCAGGGACUUUAUGGAUUGCGGCCAACGAGCAAUAGAAUCUCAUAUUUAAGAGUAUCAAACUCGUAUAGUGGACAAACAACCAUGCCUUCUGUCAUUGGACCAAUGGCCCGGUCUCUAGCUGAUAUCGAGUAUAUCACCAAACUCAUCUUCAAUGGAAAACUUUGGAAAUCAGACCCAAAAGUUGCGCCCGUUCCUUUCUCUGAUAAUUCCAGCGUUAAGCAAGAGAAAUUGACAUACGGAUUAUGGAAAUUCGACGGAGUGGUCCGACCACACCCUCCUAUUCAGCGUGCUUUGGAGGAAACAGCCAAAUCCUUGAAAGCUGAGGGACAUGAAAUUGUCGAAAUCCAGUUACCAAACAUGGACAAAAUCUAUGAAACAGCGAUGAAUAUUUUCACGGCUGAUAAGGGCCUUGAAGUUCAGGAAAUGUGUAAAGAGUCAGGCGAGCCUGUGGUUCCAGCUGUUAAAGGAUUUGUUUGUUCCAAACCAGGAGAAAGCCCAAUUGAUGUGAAUGAAUGGUGGAAUUUGUGCAACCAGCAAUACGAUUGUCAACAAGAAUUCUAUAAAUUCUGGGAACAAACCGCAAGUAUUACUGGAUCUGGAAAGCCGAUUGAUGCUAUAAUUUGCCCUGUUUGGCCAUUUACUGCUUUCUUGCCAGGCUACCAUGAUUCACUCAACUACUCUUGUCCAUUUAACCUUCUUGACAGUGCUAGCGUUGUUGUACCUGUGAACAAAGUGGACAAAACACUCGACCCCAUUGAUCCAAACUACGUACCUUUGAAUGACAGCGAUGAAAAGGUCUACAAGACCUAUAAACCUGAAUUAUUUGAUGGAAUGCCUGUGUGUGUUCAAGUUGUUGGUAAGAAGUUUGAAGACGAGAAAAUACUCGCAGCAGCAGUAGUAGUUGACUAUGCAACCAACAAGAAGUAG